AUUUAAUGGAAAAUCCUUUGUUAGAUUCAGAUAUGAUUGAUAAAAAUAGUAGAGAUUAUGUCUUGCUAACUAAAAUUAAGCAUAAUAAUGAUAUUCAUAGGAUUUUGAUUGAUGAGAUGCAAUUAAAGCCUAAAUUUAUAUCAGAUUCUAAAACUUAUCUGAAAUGUUCUACUUGCGACAUUUUGUAUGUUUUAUAGAGCCAUGAUGAUAUUUAAAUCUCAAUAUUUUACAAAAAGCAACUCAAAAAAUAAAAAAACAAAAGCUCAGAAAAAUGUUAAUAAUGCCAAUAAAUCAUAAACAGAGAAUCAUUCAAAAAAUGUUUCAAAUGUAACUCUAAUCAAAUAAUCAGUAAUUAAAAAGAGGAUUAAACAAUAUUUUGUCAAAUUUGCUUUUCACAAUUGUGCAAAAAUUGUGAUUCAUACUUAGAACUUUUUUAAUAAAAUCCAAAUAAAUGUACUUUGGAGAAUGUAACCAAUUGUUAAAGAUACUUUUAUGUUAUUACAAUGAUAAUAAUAUCAUUUAUCUUUUUGCCAAUAUUCAUAGUAUUAGACUUUAAGAAAUACAAAUUCUAAUAUUAAAUGUUCUAAUUUCAUUAAUAUAUACUCUCUAAAUAUAAACCAGUAGUAAUCUUAUUCCUUUAUUAAAUAUUCUUAAUAGUAUAUUUAAUAAAAGUGUUGAUGAUACUAAUAAAUUUUGUAGUUUAGAAAAAUAAAGAAAGAAUACAUUAUAACUUUGGUUGA